AUGAAUAGCGAGGAUCUCGUGAAUAAGGCCUUGGUUACUCUUGACAUCCUGGAAGCUUGGGCUAAAUCGUAUGGUAUGGAUAUUGAGCCCACCAAAGUUGAGUUCUUGGUUAGGAAUGGUCUCCUCGACGAUAUUGACCGUGAGAGGCUGAAUCGGGCUGGAGCCACUACAGACUGUAUUUGUAUUGUUGGCAUCCUUGUGGAUGCUAACUUAUCUUUCGGUAGACAUAUUUCUCACCAAUGUGCCAAAGCUAAGGCCAUGGUUCUGAGGGUUAAGAUCUACGCCAGACUCAGUUAUGGCCUUGGUGAUGAUGCGGUUAAAGCGGCCUGGGAGCUAUUUGGUCUCUCUAUCGCCACUUACGGUUCGGAAGUUUGGGGUCAUAAGACCUUGAGUAACGGUGUCUAUUCUACUUUAACCAAGCUUCAUAAUGCGAUGGCGCGUGUUAUGCUAAGAGCGACCGCCUCUAGUUCGACUGCUCUUCUGGGUGCCACUUGUGGUCUUCGUCACCCGGCUGGGGCCGCACUCCGUAGGUGGUGCAAGGCGUGGCUACACAACAGCUUCUACCAACACAAGCAGUUGUCCAAAGAGGCUAGGAAAGUACUCCAACAGUUGGG